UCAACAUUAAUUUUAUUUUAAUUAAAAUACAAGAAAAAUGGCAGAAACUUUUUCCUCUUCCCAUAAUUUACAAAUGUCUUCUUCCAAACAAUCUUCUUUGUUUGGGUAUUCUUCCACAAAAACUUCACCAAAUAGCCAACCAAAUUCCCCUGCUGAUUCAGCAAUUGGCACAGCUUCAGAUUCAAUGCAAAGUCCACCACCAAAUAAUUUAUUUUCUUCUCCAAAACCUCCAAUUCCGCUUCCAAGGAUUGUUCCUCUACCGUCUCCUCAACCAUCAUUAAAUUCUAAACCUAACACAGAUUCUUCAUAUAAUCAAGCACCGCCUAGACCACCAAAGAAAACAGCAGGUGCGCGGAAUUUUACAAAUAAAAGAAGAAUUGGACUUUCAGUUCCAAUAUUAGAAAGAAUUGUGUGUGAAAGGGAUUUUGAGAAAAUUAUAAAAGAAACGGAAAUUCUCUCUGCGGGACCUGAAACAAGCCAAAAAGAAAUAAUUGCUGAAUCUAGAUUAAGUCGAGAAUGUCUUUUGCCGAAAGAGAAGGAAGAUGAGGGAAAUGAAGAAGAUGGAGGGAUGUUGGAGGAAGGAAUAGUUGAGAAUAAACGUUAUUAUUUAUUCGACCCGCUUCGUCACGAAUAUCGUCUUUAUUAUGCUCGCGAAGUUCGGCUUCGUAGUGAAACUAAUUUAAACACAAUUGGAUUGGAUGAAGAUAAAGAAAUAAGUAAAAAUGAAGAAUUUGGAAAAGGAAAAAUAAAAUUAUUUGAGAAGGAAAGCAAAAACGUUACAGAACCGCCUAAAAGAAGGCACAGUGCUGGGGCUUCUGCCCGUAUUCGAAGACCUGUUCCACCUCCAAAUAAAGUUCAACAAACAUCAAUGAAUGAGUUAAAAAUAAAUGCAAAUAUUGGACAGAAUUUAACAACAAAUCCAAUCCAAAAUAGAACUGAAACAGAACAAAAAAGGGGUUUACAACCUUUACCGCUUGGUGCAUUUGAGAGAAAUACAAAUAUGAGAAAAGCAAACCUUCCCAGACGUACUCAAUGGUCUGGAAAUGCUAAAAGAUCAGCUGCUGCAGUUGCUCUAAAACAACAACAACAAAGGCUUUUAAAUGCUAAUAAUAAUUCUGAAAAUCAGAAGAAGAUUGAAGAAGUUGAAUUAAAAAUAAAAGAAAUGACUUCUUCUUCUCCUCCAAUUGUUGUUACUAAUCAAAUACUUAAAGAUUUGAUACGUCCAUUAAAUCCAACCAAAAACGAGCUUAUACCAGAACCAUCAAAUAUUAACUGCCCAACAUUAGUAUAUGAUGCCAAAUCUAGUGAAGAACCUUUAGUUGUUGUAGAAUCCAAACAACUACAGAGAGUGGAUGAGGGGACUGGGAAUGAUAAUAUUGAGCAACAACGAAGUUUUUGGGGUAAAUUAUGUGGAAAACAAUCAAAAAAAGAAUUAUUAAAUAAUUCAAAAAAUAGAAGAAAAUUAAUUAAAGAACAAAAACAAACAAAAAAGUGGACAAAAUUUCAAUGUUUAUUAGCUUGGUUACUUGUACCUUUAUUGCUUUUUUCGGGUUUAGCUGCUAUUGCUAUUAUUAUUGUCAUUUAUAAUCUUUAA